AUGGAUCAACUUGAGCACCUCUCCCUCGUGAGCAAAGUUCUCGGGGAACUUGAAAACCAUUUCGGAGUUGCUGACAAAGAUGUCGCCGAGUUUGUAAUUCAAAUGGCACAGGAAAAUUCUACCUUUGAUAAAUUCAAAAAGGAGCUUGAAAAGCAAGGACUAGCAGAUCAGUUCGAUGAUUCGCUCACAGCUACUAUACUUCGUAUUGUUCAACACAUGACAGCUUCUAAGAAGAAAAGCAAAAAAGCCGGGGAUUCCAAAGAGGACGUUAAAGAUUCUCAUAAAAUCACGCUGAUUUCGGAUGCGAAAGAAGAAAUUAAAGCAAGACUACCUGCUUUGGCUAUGGCGAACAUAACAAUAGAAAAAGAAGAUAGUGGGAACGAUUUGAUGGCACAAUUGGAAAUGAUGGAAGGAAAAUAUGAGAAAGAGAAGAAUCGUGACAAAGGUACAUCAGAGAAGCGGAAUAGAUCGAGAAGUCAGUCUACGAGCCGUGAUCGUAAACGAAGAAGGAGUAGUAGCCGGGAUCGAGACCGAGGUCAUCGACGACGAAGCAGAAGCAGGGAACAUAGAAGGGAUCGCGAUAGAAGAGACAGAGAUAGAAGCCGAGAAGAUCGACGAAGAGGUGAUAGAGACAGACGAGACGGGGAUAGAGACAGGGAUCGUCGUGACAGAAGAGAAGAUGGAAGAAGCUCCAGAAAGCUAGAAGUAGCAGAAGUCGGUAAAAUUUACGAUGGACGAGUCAACAGUAUUCAGUCGUUCGGAGCCUUCAUUACACUCGAAGGAUUCCGUCAGAAGCAGGAAGGACUGGUCCAUAUCUCACAGAUAAAGAACGAACGUGUCCAAUCGGUUGCUGAUGUUCUGAAAAGAGGCCAGGCUGUGAAAGUGAAAGUGAACAAAAUUGAAAACGGUAAAACAUCGUUCACGAUGAAAGAAGUAGAUCAGCAAACUGGAGAAGAUCUCAAUCCGAAAGAGACUGAUUUGGAUCCGGAUGCCAUCGGUGUAAGACCACGAACUCCGCCAGCUCAUACGUCUUCUUGGAUGAAUCCAGAAUCUUCUUCAAGUGCAGGACCAUCCACUUCAAUGGGAGGUGGAAAAACAAGAGUAAGAAUUUCCACACCGGAAAGAUGGGAGUUACGGCAAAUGCAAGGAGCGGGAGUACUAACAGCUACAGACAUGCCAGACUUUGACGAAGAAAUGGGAGUGCUGAAAAAUUUCGAUGGUAAGACGAAAAUUUAUAUUCAAUAUUUAAAAAUAUUUUUUUUAGAUGAAAGCGAUGGUGAAGACAUCGAAAUCGAGCUUGUCGAAGAAGAACCGGACUUUUUGCGUGGCUACGGAAAAGGAGGCGCUGAGAUAGAACCAGUUAAAGUUGUCAAAAAUCCAGAUGGAUCGCUGGCUCAGGCGGCGUUGAUGCAAGGAGCGUUGUCGAAAGAACGAAAAGAAACCAAGAUUCAAGCACAACGAGAAAGAGAUAUGGACAAUCAGAAGGGAUUCAGUUCAAAUGCUCGUAUUCUGGAUCCAAUGUCUGGGAAUCAGGCAUCCGCCUGGACUGCUGACGAAUCGAAAGAUCGAAACAACAAGAUGAAAGAGAUGCCUGAAUGGUUGAAGCAUGUUACUGCUGGUGGAAAAGCUACAUAUGGAAAGAGAACGAAUUUGAGUAUGAUUGAGCAGAGAGAAAGUCUACCAAUCUUUGCUCUGAAAAAAAAGUUGAUUGAAGCAAUUAUUGACAACCAAAUUCUCGUCGUUGUUGGAGAAACUGGUUCCGGAAAAACGACUCAGAUGACGCAGUACGCUAUCGAAGCAGGUCUGGGGAGACGUGGGAAAAUCGGAUGCACACAACCACGUCGUGUAGCUGCAAUGUCUGUGGCAAAGCGUGUGGCAGAAGAGUACGGAUGCAAACUUGGAUCAGAUGUGGGUUACACUAUUCGUUUCGAAGAUUGCACCAGUCAAGACACAGUUAUCAAAUACAUGACGGACGGAAUGUUGCUCAGAGAAUGUCUUAUCGAUCCAGAUCUAUCAGGAUAUUCAUUGAUUAUGCUUGACGAAGCUCACGAACGUACAAUUCACACUGAUGUUCUGUUUGGUCUGCUGAAAGCUGCUGCUAGAAAACGUCCGGAGCUAAAACUGAUUAUCACUAGUGCUACUCUAGAUUCUGUGAAAUUCUCCGAGUACUUCUUGGAAGCACCCAUUUUCACUAUUCCUGGAAGAACUUUCCCUGUUGAAAUCUUGUAUACAAGAGAACCAGAGUCAGACUAUCUCGAAGCCGCCCAUAUCACUGUGAUGCAGAUUCAUCUCACCGAACCGCCUGGUGACAUUUUAGUGUUUUUGACUGGUCAAGAAGAAAUCGAUACUUCCUGUGAAGUGUUGUACGAACGGAUGAAGUCAAUGGGACCGGAUGUUCCUGAACUGAUUAUUCUUCCAGUUUACGGAGCUCUUCCUAGUGAAAUGCAAACACGAAUCUUUGAACCGGCUCCAGCAGGAAAACGUAAAGUGGUCAUUGCAACCAACAUCGCCGAAACAUCACUUACCAUCGACGGUAUCUUUUACGUCGUUGAUCCUGGAUUUGUGAAACAGAAGAUUUAUAAUCCAAAGAGUGGUAUGGAUUCACUGGUUGUAACACCGAUUUCUCAAGCUGCUGCCAAACAACGAUCAGGUCGUGCCGGACGUACCGGACCAGGAAAAUGCUACCGUCUUUAUACCGAGAGAGCGUUCCGUGAUGAAAUGCUGCCGACUCCAGUUCCUGAAAUUCAGCGAACAAAUCUUGCUUCAACGCUUCUGCAACUCAAAGCAAUGGGAAUCAAUAAUCUGAUUGAUUUUGAUUUCAUGGAUGCUCCGCCACUUGAUUCAAUGAUUACCGCUCUCAACACUCUGCACACACUUUCUGCACUUGAUGGUGAUGGUCUUCUAACUAAACUUGGACGUCGAAUGGCCGAGUUCCCCUUGGAACCAUCUCUUGCCAAGUUGCUCAUUAUGUCCGUCGAUCUGGGAUGCUCGGAAGAAGUUCUCACAAUUGUUGCCAUGCUCAACGUUCAGAACAUCUUCUAUCGACCGAAGGAAAAACAAGAUCAUGCUGAUCAGAAAAAGGCAAAGUUCCAUCAACCUGAAGGAGAUCAUCUGACCUUGCUGGCUGUUUACAAUUCUUGGAAAAAUCAUCACUUCUCUCAACCGUGGUGUUUUGAGAACUUUAUUCAAGUGAGAAGUAUGAAGAGAGCUCAGGACAUUCGAAAACAGUUGCUCGGAAUCAUGGAUCGUCACAAACUGUUAAUGGUCAGUUGUGGUAGAGAUGUGUCACGAGUUCAGAAGGCCAUUUGUUCUGGAUUCUUCCGGAAUGCGGCCAAACGUGAUCCGCAAGAAGGAUACCGAACGUUGACAGACGGACAAAAUGUCUACAUUCAUCCAUCGUCGGCGUGCUUCCAACAUCAACCGGAAUGGGUUGUCUAUCACGAGCUGGUCAUGACAACGAAAGAAUAUAUGAGAGAGGUGACUGCAAUCGAUCCAAAAUGGCUUGUAGAGUUUGCACCAUCUUUCUUCAAAAUCGGCGAUUCUACGAAGCUCUCAACAUUCAAGCGGAACCAGAAAAUCGAUCCGUUGUUCGACAAGUAUGCGGAUCCGAAUGCCUGGCGUAUCACUCGAGUCAAAAAGCGAAUAUACAACCCCAACAAAUAA